CUGAGCUGAGAGGAGACUCAGAGAUCAUUGAUCACUACUUGUUGACUUGUCUGUUUGCUGUUACUCCCAUCGUAUCCGGGGACUACAGUCACCACCGGGACAGAGAGACGAUGGCGUCCCGGGUCUCCUUCACCCAGGUUCGGCUGGAAGCGGAGCUGGAGCGCUUCCGGGCCGAGUGCCAGUGGGACAAGAUGCCGGCGAUCAUCGACCAGAUGCAGGCAGCGCGGUUCCACGAGGACGAUGAUUAUGGGACCCUAAUGAUGGCUGAGGCGCUGCUGGAAGAGUGUCUGCACGAAAACAUGGACCUAUUGCGGCGCGCAACACCUUUGAUUGACAAGACCCAGCCCAGACUGUACAGGGCCAAAGGCCACCUCAACACGAUCCUGAGCCGAGGCCGUCUCACACCUAGGUACCUGAAUGAGGCUCUGCUGCUGAUGGCCAAAGUGCACUAUGUGCAAGGCCGCUACCGGGACGCCCAGGGAAUGUGUGCCAGGGUGGGACUGGAGGAGCUGACACAUGACGACCAGCCAACCUAUCACCUUCGCCUGCUGGCUGAGGCAUUUGUUAUUAAAGGUUUGUCUCUGGACCAUCAGACAGUGUCUUCAAUUUCUCGGGUUCGUCUGUCCGAGAGGGAGGAGGAGAGUCUGUCCUGUUACCUCAAGGCCUGUGACACUGCUCUGUCCUUCCUGCAGGAGCUCGAUAAGACAGUAACCACACCCCACACUAAGACAGCCAAAGCCAAUCUGCUCCCUCCACCUGUGGACAUGGACCUGGGCUAUUUCCUGCAAGCUGCGCUACAGAGCGCUUACAUUUGUCUACUGCGCAGGGGUCAUCUUGCACAGGGUGCUCACCAGCUGCGUAGGGUGCUCCGGGUGGUGGAGUCACGAGGGUCUCAGAGCUUUAGGAAGUCUGCAGCGAGGAAGCUGGCGGGGGUGCUGCUGAGCUCAGUGAGUGAAGACAGCUACUGGCCCCCACUCGGUCCUCCACCCUCAGCCUGGCUCCACAGAGAGGGAGCCGCCGCCUCCAAAGACGCCAUCUACCCCACCGUCAGACCACCGCAACGUUACAGCACGGAGUGUUGCUUCUGUCCUCAGGACGUGGUGGAAGAGGCAGUGUUGCUGCUGCUCAUCACAGAGUCUAUGGCCAGUGGCGAAGCGGUGAUCAGUCGUCUGCCUGACCAGGCCGAGGCUCGCCAGGCCAGUCUGCAGGAUGCCACCUCUGUCUAUGAUCUGCUCAGCAUCGGCAUGGCCAGGAGGGGGCAGUAUGCCAUGCUGUCUGAGUGUCUGGAGCGAGCCAUGAAGUUCUCAUUCAACGAGUUCCACCUCUGGCACCAGCUGGGCCUGUCACUCAUGGCGGCGGGGAAGGGUGUUGGUGCCGUAUCUGUAUUUAAAGAGUGUGCCAGGAUGAGACCUGAGGACCCUUCACUGCCCCUGUUGGCUGCUAAAGUCUGCAUUGGUCAACUGCACAGGUUUGAGGAGGCAGAGGCUCUGUCCCAGAGUGUGGUGUCCAUGGGGGAGGAAGCUGGAGAACUUCUGCCCAAAGCCUACCUGGCUCUGGGGCUCAGCUGCAGUCUACAGGCCUCUGAUGCUUCUCUCAAAGCAGAUCGGAAUGACUUCAACAAGAGAGCGCUGCAGGCUCUGAGCAAGGCUCACUCAUUAGACCCCCUGGAUGCUCGGAUUGCUAUGUACUUGGCUCUGCAGUUGGCACUUGUCCGCCAGGUAUCUGCAGCCAUGGAGCCCCUGCAGGCAGCUUUAACUCUCCAUGGAGAUGACUUGCACUCCCUCCACCUGCUCACCCUGCUGCUCAGCGCCCAGAAACACCACCGUCAUGCCUUGGACACCGUGGGCCUGGCCCUCAGCCAGCACCCCGACAACUUCAAUCUCCUGUUCACAAAGGUGAAGCUUGAAGAGGCUGUGUUCGGCCCAGCUACUGCCCUACAGUCCUGUGAAGAGAUGUUGCAACGCUGGCAAAGCCGAUAUGAUGUCAGUCGCUCCAGUGAGACAGAUGACAGCAGCAGUAUACCGAUGGCUGAGAGGACAGAGGUCAGCCCCGGAGGCAGGAAACCCUCCAUCCACCUGACCCUGCCUGACUUCCAGGACGCCUCCACUGGUUCAUUGAGCCCUUCGUCAGUUGCAGUGUCUCGCCUGGAUGCGGCGCUCUCUGAGGUGUCCGAUAUCAGCUCCUCCCGUCGCCAAGGACCCACCUACAUCUGGACCACCCUGGAACGCAUCUGGCUGCAGGCUGGGGAGCUGUUCAUGGCAGAUGGUCGGUUAAAGGAGGCCCAGUUCUGCAUAGCUGAAGCGAGCUCAAUAUUCCCCAACUCACACUCUGUGCUGCUGCAGCGGGGCCGACUUGCGGAGCUCCGGGGCCAACUGGACGAAGCCAAAGGCCUGUAUGACGAAGCCCUGGCCAUCCAUCCCACAGGAGAGAGGAUACUGGUGCACAUGGGUCGUUUGCUGGUGAAAACCGGGCGUGUCCACCUCGGGGAGAAGGUCCUGCGUGAUGCAGUUCAGAUCCACAGCACCUCUCACGAGGCGUGGAGCAGCCUGGGCGAGGCCUUGCAGUCUCGGAGCGCCAGCCAGGCCCCCGACUGCUUCUUGACGGCAUUGGAGCUUGAAGCGUCUUGCCCCAUACGGCCCUUCACCAUCAUUCUCAGGGAGCUCUGAGGGGGCCUGACCUGGGGUCUGAGUGAAGGUUAAGGAAUUGGCCUCUGGCUGGAUGAUUAUACACUGGUGCAAUGAAUAGUUUGACAUUUAAGGAAAUAGACCUGUUUGCUUUCUUUCCUAGAGUAAAACAUUUAAAGCUAGAGCCAGGAGCACUUACAGAUGUUAAGUGAUGUCAUCAUCUUUGGAACAAUGACUGUCUAAAAUGAUGUCGCCACUUCCUCCCAAUUUAGAAAAAUGAAGCCAAAUUACCCCAGACCCAGGUGCUACCAUCUGAGCGACAUUUGGAGCCAGAGUCUGUGCAGCAUUGAUCGUGUAGUGGAACCAUGUUAUCAACAUCCCAUCUAUACACCUGCCCGACCAAUCCGGGCUCUACUGUCAAUCUCACAACCUAUACUCCAGCCAGCCACCAGGGGGGCAAUUAAGAGAUUCACUUUUGUGCUCCUGCCAUGUCCCCUAUUUUAUAAACAGUCAUUGUUUAGUGUGUAGCCUUGCUAGCUGUUUCCCUGUUGCCAGUGAACAAUGAACAAACAGGAGAAUGAUAUGUAUUUUCUCAUCUAGCUCUUGGCAAGAAGGCAAAAAGGCUUUUAAAAAGCUUCUAAUAUUCCUUCAAACGUAGGUUGUGUCAUGGUGAUCCUCUAAGUUUCCAAAACUACUACAUCUGUACAUUCAUAGCAUCUGAUCUUAGUAAGCUGUGUUGGAUAAACAAAUUACGAAAAAUAUGUAUCAACAUGAAAAGAGAAUGAUGCAGGUAACAGGGCUGUAUAGACAAAUGUUUUAAGUACUGUAUCAAUGAACAUCUCCUAUGGAGUUAUUACUAGUGAAGACGUUUAUUUCAACAAUACUACAAAUGAUAUAUUUUUCAUGAAUCACUGAAUUUUUCAUUUAAUGAUUCAUAAAUUGCAAAGAUGUGCUGGUUGCGUCUUGAGAUGGACUGUACAGUAUGUUGUUGUGUUAUAUGUGGAAAUGCAGAUACAUGGAUUAUGUAUAGGCUCCCAGUCACAACAGCAGCUCCACUUCAUCCUUAUCUUAGCCUCUGAUGUAUUUUUGAUGAUCACGUUGAUUGACACAGCUUUUAUGUGCGCGCACACACACACACACACACACACACACACACACACACACACACACUCAAACACAGAGGGAUAUUACCACCCUUUCAUCCUCAAAUAAGAGUUCCCAUAUUAUGUAGAAGGGGCAUUCACUUAUCAUUCCACGUUAUGUGUGUGUCUAUAUGUGUAUUCAUAUUGUACAUCUCUUACAUUAUGUAUCUUCAUGCAUGUGUGUUUGUUCAAGACCAUCCCUCUGGGGUGUUAUCAGUCCCUGUUAUGUUUGUUCUGUUUGUACGGUACAGUAGGCGACUCAUCCCCUAAUAGUGUGUUUGUGUAUGUUCUUUGUGUUGUUUUUUUGACUCAUCUCUUAGUAAUGCUC